CCUCCGGAUGACAACGAAGUUUACAAGUGCUUUGGAUAUACCUGUGGAGUUCGUAGAAAAGAAUGUGAAAUUGCGGGGGACGUUGCAUCACAUCACGGAGAAAGGCCUGGAAGUUGAACACAUUCCCAUUAGCAUUCCUUUCAUUACAUCGAUACAGAGAAAAUGGCAAUCGAAAGGUCUUCUGCUGGUUAGGCUGGCUGGGGUGGAGCUGGCUCCCGGAGGCACGGCCUGGUUACGGCAGGAGUUGAAACCCAGGCAAAUGGUGUGGUUCCAGCUGCUCGGGAGGGAGGACUCGGCGCUCGAGUGCCUUGUUUUAGUAAAUAAGGGUCGAUUUCUCAGCAUGUGCUUAAAUGAAGAGAUCUUGAGACAAGGGCUCGGCAGAACAGCGCGUAUUGAAGGACUGCAUCAUGAUUCCCGCCUGUACUGGAAACUUCAGAAGAGGCUGCUUCAAGCAGAGUUAAGGGCCUUGAAGAAAAAUAAAGGAAUAUGGAAAGAAGAAAGCUACUCUGAAAGAAUUAGAGAUUCUAUAGCCAACAAUAAAUUUGUACGGACGCUGAAAGAGUUUGCGAGCUGGUUAAGAAGUUCUGUUUCGAGGUAGAAAGGGAGACUUGCUUGGAGGAGUGCCAGCUCACCGGGUGACGUGCUUGGUGUAAAGUAGAAGUUUAUGAUAAAAAACAACGCCAUGGUUUUUGAGGGUCCCUGUCCUGAACAGAAAACCUGGGAAGUUUCCUAAUGUCUUGUUACAAUCCAUGCGGGAUUGAACUUUAGUAGUAGCAUGCAAACCACAAAUUAAAAUGUUCUGAAGCUGAGCUUUUCCACGGUAAUGUCUUAAAUUAGUUGUCAAGUUUGUCACCUGCUUAUUACCUACCCAGCUGUGUUAACCAACACUGAAAGCAGUCAAGAGACCAGUUUUUAAGAGGUGCAGAGUGUUAGUUACAGGUAGGGCCUUAACUGUGUCUCUGUUACGUGUCAUAACUGUAGCCCACAUGCGUUAGAAAACUCCCUCUCAGACCUUUACAAAGCUUGUGGUGUGUUUGCACGAGUGUUUUGUUUGAAUUUUGUUCUUAUACUACUUUUCUGUACAAUUUGUGUUUUAAAAAUCUUUCUUCUUGACUAACGGAUUGCAUUGUUACCGAUUAGAAAAGGCGAUUUGUUACAGCUGAUCUUAAAAAGCUGGUAAGUCAUAACAACUGAAGUUUCUCAGGGGGAAAAAAAAAAUCACUUGGUAUAUCAAAGAAUAUAAAUUACUAUGUCAGUAAUCCAAAUUUCUAAAAUACAACAUUCACUUGAAGAGGAAAAACUUAACGCUGUUUUUGUCUGAUGGUCUAUAAAUAUUAGAUGAAAAUAAAACUUUAACAUGAAAUUUGAAAAGGUGGAUCAUGCUGUACGAAGAACUUAAAUUCUUGUUUCAUUUUUGAAACAUGUUAACUAUGAGAGGGUAUUACUAUUUAUUUUGUAAAUAUUCUCAGAAUAAAGAUUGAAUUUAUGUUCAUUGUUACUACAUGUUUUAUAUACCAAGCACUUGAGCUUUGUUUAACCUCCCACAGUCCCAAUACUUAUUUCAAGUGAAACAUUUUACAGUUUUUCUUUCUUUCUGUGUGAUUCCUUGCCAAUUAAAUACUAGGGGGAAGAGUGUGGUA